GUCAUUUAUUUUACAUUACGCAACGCAGCCAAUGGUGACAUUAUUGGAGAAGCCGAUGUUCCCUAUUCACAUUUGAUUGCCGAUUGUAAAACCAAUUUAAAGCUGCGAUCUCGGGACGUAAAUGGUAAUACGCUGUUUGGUGUAUCGAGGCGCUCGUUGCAUCCAGUCGGUGUACUACAUAUUAAUUCCUACGUGGACAACAGCAUCAUGAGCUGUUCGUCUCGUGGAAGCAGUGCCUCGUCACAAAGCUGCACUGAAGAGAAAUGUCGGCAUUCGACCAAAAAUAGCGAUGAUGAUGAGCUGACGGGUGGUUUUGUCCCGGCCAGCAAUGUUAUGAUGGCAAGCGGGUAA